AUGGGACUUGAAUAUGUAAAUAAUCCAACUAGAGUACAUUAUUUGACACAAAAGGUCAACAAGAUACGAUGCUUCAAUAAACCAUUACUCAAUGACAUUAAUAUAUUUGCUACGGGAACGAAUCAAAAUAGAAAUAGAGUAUCAUUAUGGGGAAUGGAAGGAUUACAUCAACAACAACAAGAAGAGGAACCUGUUGAAUUGGCAUACUUUCUCAUUCCACAAUCAUCAUCUGGUGAAUCAUCAUUUGUUACUGAUUUAAAGUGGGUAAAUAGUGUGGCAGUGUCAUCAGAGAAUAAUGAAUCUACAUCUAAAUUAAUGGCAUCUACAUCUGAUGGUACUUUAUACAUGUUUCAAGUAACCAAUCUACCAUCUAAAUAUGGUGAUAUGAUGGUUGAUAAUGGAAGUAGUGGUAUUGGUAGUAAUACAGGUGGUAAAGGAAGAGACACAUUCCUAUCGAAUCUACAAUGUGAAAUAGAACCAGCUGCAAGAUGGGAAAAGAUUCACAAGGGUUCAUUGAAUGCUUUUGAUUUGAAUCUAAUGGGUGAUGCAGUUGCUAGUGUUGGUUCAGAUGGUGCAAUGCAUCUAUUUUCAUUAGAGACUCGUGAUCUUAUUUAUUCAAAUAAACAUGUAGACGGUCUAACAUUGAAUAGUAUUAAAUUUAUGACUAAUAAUGAAGUCAUUACAAGUGGAGCCAAUGCAGUUUUGAAAUUCUGGGAUCUACGUAUUAAAUCUGAUAAUGGUCCAAUUAAAACAAUUAAACAACAAGGUCAACAACAACAAAUGGGAAUUGAUAAUAGUUAUAAUAUUCCAAACAAAGUGUCAUCAAUUCACAGUAUAGCAGUUCAUCAUGAUCAAUCACAUAUCAUUGCAACUGGUAAUUCAGAGGGUCAAGUUACAUUAUAUGAUUUUAGAAAUUCAUAUGCUAUCGAUCAAAAUAAUAAUCAUCAAUCUUAUGUUUGGGAAGUACAAUUUAGUAAAGCAAGAUCAAAUCAAUUAUAUUCAUGUUCAGAGGAUGGAUUUGUUUAUCUAUAUGAUUAUAAUCGUGAGAAUACAAUGAUGACAACCAACAUUUUCGAUCUAUACAACAAGGCAGUCACUCCAUUCAUCACAACCACCACUCAUUCUUCAAUCGACUCUUUUGAUAUUAAUCCAUGCACUCAAACCAUGUUUUGUACAACUUCAACUCAAUCACUUUUAUUAAAAUCUUUAUCCUAA